AAAUCCCCAACCAACUAUUCCGUCGUUUUCCUCCUUCGUAGGCACUCCCUGUUCACUCCAACGACAAACUUUGUAAGCUCGAAGGCCACCAUGUAUAGCAGCAGUUCAACUACCUCGAAAUCAACAGGCCGGUAUGAAUAUGGAGAGUGGAUUCCAGUCAAACAUUGUCAAUGUGGGAAAGAUUUGAAGCUUUUGACUACAUGGAAACCAGAAAACUGUGGGAGAAGAUUUUGGAAAUGCGUUGGAAUUGAGUGGUCUGAAGGGUGUGGUUUGAUGGACUGGUUUGACCCUCCAAUGUGUAAAAGAUCCAAGAAAAUCAUUCCAGGGUUGUUAAGAAAACUGAAUGGGUAUGAAAACCACAUUCACACAUUGGAGAUGAAGCUGGAAGCAACUGAGAAACCAGAAAACAAAAAAGAUAAGAUGGAGAAGAUAGAGCACAAAAGAUACUCUUGCAGCAGACUGGGCGUGUGCAUUAUAACAUUUUUUGUGGUUUUUGCAUCCAUGUAUGCACAUAGAAAAUAGUCUUGUAGCAUGGUUUUUAUGUAUUCCGAACAAUUUUGAGGAAUGUUGGUAAUAUCUUUGAAAUGUAUUGAUGCC